AUGGCCAAGCGUUUUAUCGUAUGGAUCGUCGACGUCGAGUUCUACGUUAUUAGCGGCCACAACGUCGUCCCGUGGGAACUUGUGAUCCGGGAUGGUUCUACGGGAAAGAUUGUACUAUCGACUCUUGUCGACUACGGCAUGGGCAUUCAGGAUGUCAUGGACGAUCUGGGUCGACCUUCACUACAACCUAUCCACUUCGGAUAUCUGAUCAAGCACUGCACCGAUUUGGGCAAUCUUUCCCUGGGAUACGUACACAGAAGUUUGUUUGACAAGAAUCUCGAGAUGCAUGACGCAGGAAACGACACCUUGGCCAUGUACGACAUCUACCAGUGGUUCCUCACCAACACAAGAGACUGGUAG